UGGGAUGGAGCAGGGAGUCCGGGAGGAGCAGUGCUGGGACCAGACAAAGCGGGCACGGCUGGGCACAGGUUCUGCUCCUCUCCCCUGCGGGUCCUCCGCCGCUGCUCGGUCCCUGCAGUGUUCCACACUUACACGGCUUCACCCCGAUCACAACGCGACAGAAAGCAGAAUAGGAGCUGUACUAGCGAUACUAUUUUAUUUUUUAGAAUUAAAAUGCUUUCUAUGGGGACUUCUGCUUCUGAUGCCAGGACUCUUUUGAAGACCUCAUUUGUUGCAUGGUUUAAAGGAAGAUGAUGUUGUUAGUGAAUUCUGAGCAUCCUUCAGGAGGCUGAUGACCCUUCUGUUGUUGGUGUGUGCUGUCAUGGACAGAUUCAAACGCUCAGCUCUUUUCCAAAACACCACAGGCAGUUAAUGCAACUUACAAAGGACUCCUGACUUUUUGCACCUUCCUAAGACCUAUCUAGAUGCCACCAGUGUUUCCCAUGUUAACAGUUCUGAGCAUGUUUUACUACAUGUGCCUUCGGCGCCGGGCUAGGACAGCGACGAGAGGAGAGAUGAACAGUCGGAGGGCUAUUGAAUCGAACACCCGCGCCUUACCUAUCAACGUUGAGAUAGUUCAGUAUGCCAAAGAAGUGUUGGAUUUCAGCUCUCACUAUGGCAGUGAGAACAGCAUGUCCUAUACCAUGUGGAAUUUAGCAGGGAUUCCCAACGUGUACCCUAGUUCUGGUGACUUCACCCAGACCGCUGUCUUUCGAACUUACGGGACCUGGUGGGAUCGCUGCCCGAGCGCUCGGCUGCCUUUCAAGAGGACCCCAUCCACCUUCUGUAGCCAGGACUAUGUGGAACUUGCUUUUGAAGAACCAGUUUAUCCCACUGCAGUGCACAUUCUGGAAACCUAUCAUCCUGGAGCUGUAGUCAGGAUUUUGGCAUGCUCUGCAAAUCCUUACUCACAAAAUCCACCAGCUGAAGUAAGAUGGGAAGUACUUUGGUCUGAGGCACCUACAAAGGUGAAUGGUCCUCAGGCUCGGCAGUUCACACCUUGCAUCAAACAGAUCAACUUUCCCACAAACUUGAUCCGACUGGAAGUGAACAGCUCUCUUCUGGACUAUUACACUGAGCUGGAUGCAGUAGUACUACAUGGUGUGAAAGAGAGGCCUGUGCUUUCACUUAAGACUUCAAUGAUUGAUAUGAAUGAUAUAGAUGAAGAUGAGGAUGAAGAAAAGUUUGCCUGUGGAAUGGACGCCCUAAAUAAACAGUUCAGCAUUGUUACCCUCAGGGAAUGGCCAACUAAUGGAUAUUUUGAUAAACUGCCUUAUGAGCUCAUCCAGUUGAUUUUGAGUCACCUUACAGUACCAGACCUGUGUAGACUAGCACAAACUUGUAAGCUACUGUAUCAACAUUGCUGUGACCCUCUACAGUACAUUCAUCUCAGUUUACAACCUUACUGGGCAAGGAUUAAUGACACAUCCCUGGAGCACCUACAGUCUCGCUGCACACUCAUCCAGUGGCUGAAUUUAUCUUGGACUGGAAACAGGGGAGCCAUCUCUGUUUCUGGAUUUAGCAGGUUCCUGAAAGUCUGUGGCUCUGAACUAGUACGUCUUGAGUUGUCUUGUGGCCAUUUCCUCAAUGAAACGUGCUUGGAGGUCAUCACUGAAAUGUGUCCAAAUCUUCAGGAGUUAAAUCUCUCAUCAUGUGAUAAAAUCCCACCUCAGGCUUUCAACCACAUAGCCAAAGUGGGCAGCCUAAAGCGUCUCAUUCUCUACAGAACGAAAGUGGAGCAAACAGCCCUGCUCAGUAUUUUGAACUUCUGCUCGGAGCUGCAGCACCUCAGCCUGGGCAGCUGUGUCAUGAUUGAAGACUAUGACCUUAUAGCAAGCAUGAUGGGAGCAAAAUGCAAAAAGCUUCGCAGUCUGGAUUUGUGGAGAUGUAAAAACAUAACGGAAAGCGGGAUCGCGGAGUUGGCUUCAGGCUGCCAACUUUUGGAAGAACUUGACCUUGGUUGGUGUCCUACACUCCAGAGCAGCACAGGCUGCUUCACAAACCUCGCACGCAAACUCCCCAAUCUGCAGAAGCUCUUCCUUACAGCCAACAGAUCUGUGUGUGACACAGACAUUGAGGAGCUCGCUGCCAACUGCACGCACCUACGGCAGCUGGAUAUAUUGGGAACGAGGAUGGUGAGCCCUGCAUCUUUAAGAAAAUUGCUGGAGUCUUGUAAAGAUCUUUCUUUACUCGAUGUGUCCUUCUGUUCACAGAUCGAUAAUAGAGUUGUGCUAGAACUCAAUGCCAACUUUCCUAAUGUGUUCAUAAAAAAGAGUUUCACCCAGUGACUUCCUACAUAUGCUGCUGUGGAACUUGUUUGACAGAGUUGUUUUCCUGUAAAUUUGUGCUGAUUUUUUUUUAAGGAGAAUAUAAAUCUGCUAUAAAAUAGUGGAAACUAUUAAUUAUCUACACAGAUGGGUAAAAUACAUUUAAAUGUAUUAUGUUUCUUUAAGUUGAUAUUGUACCUAAGAAUUAUUUUGCUCUGUUAGUUGGUGGCAGUGCAUGUUUUUAAAUACUAGCCAUAUGUCUGGCUUUAAUGAGAAGCAAAUGAAUGUCUUCUUAAAUGUCCCUUCACAGGGUGUUAUACACAAUACACUAUGUUAAUAUCCAGGUGAAAGCAGAAGUUCAAUAUUUAUCAGUAAGGAAAAUAUGGGUGCUUCCUUUUCAUGUAUUUGUGUAUGUAUAUAUAAAUGUAUACAUAUGUAUUUGUAUAUACAUACACAGAUAUUGUAGCAUUCUAGUUUGACCUGCAGCAUAAGAUUUUAUCAUCUGGCCUAUAAUUAGUUAUUUGAAAACCAGUUUAAGUGUGUAUAAGAACAGAUAGAAAAGGCACUUUGUCUUCUUUGAGUUUUGGCAGUGAAUUGUAUCUGAUACAGCUUUCUCCCUUCCUUCACCUGAAAUAGAUGUAGUGAUGUUUUACAGUCCAGCCUAAGCAGCACAACAGAUAAAUGCAAGAAAGAACCUGGACCACCUGAACUUGGAGCAGAAAUGAAAGAUAAAAUUGACAGCUGCUUCUUGGUAUUGAGAUAGAAAGUUUAAGCCAAGUACUUAAUGUUGUAACUGGUAAUGUGUAGAAAACUCCAGGGUAGUUUUCUUUUAUAAAUUUCUGUCAUGGUCAAGACUUUAUUUGUGAUACGUCUGGUUAUUGUGCAGAGUACCAUAAAAAGUAGAACUUAGGGUAAUGUGUUAGCAACUGUCCUUUCACUGGCAUCAAAUCUACUGUCAGGUGUAAAAACAAGCAUCUUUGUUCAGUAAAACAGCAAUGAAAAUAUAAUGGGUUUGAAACAAGGGCAAUACAAUUUCAUGAUUUUAUAAUUACCAAACCUUAUUACUGCAUUUUUUUUUUGUUUGGGUUUUUGUUUUGUUUUGUUUUUCCAAGAGGAGAGUAGCUCAAGGUACUAUUGCACUCUCUCUUUAAGACUGCUUAACCUCUGGAGAAGGAAAACUGUGUUGAUGAACAAUUUCUGGAAGUUUCUUCCUUUUGCACUUUCUUGGAUGAAGCUUUUCUCUUUUUUUUCCCUUGAAUACCACUGCUAGAGUAUGUUGCUCUGUACAGCUUUGGUUUAGAAUUUUACCUUUUUAGCCAUUGUUGAUGCAUAUGGACCAUAAAAUAUAGGCUGUCUUUUGAUACUGAUUCUGCUAUUCUUGUAUUGAUGGCACUUAUUACCUACUGGAAUAAGAAGAAAAAUACUUUGUCUGAGAGAAGUACAGUAUUGUACUGAAGAUCAGUGACAAAGAACACUUCAGUUCAUGCAGUAAAUAACCAACUGCUACUAGAGGACUGCUGCAAAUCGUUAAAAAUCUGACAAUCUCUGUGACUCCUGAAUGACUGCUUUGAACUCUUUGUGCUGGUGCCAAUACUUUAGAAACCAUGUCAUGAAACAGCUACAGAACAUUUAUCUGAUUUUAUUGAAAGACCUAGUUCUUCAGAUUUUUAAAUUUUGCUGAAUCUCUGGGGAAUUCCAGAUCCAAAGAAGGGCAUGCACAGUUGGCUUUUUGAUUUUUUCCCUCCACACAGAUGGCACUAUGGGAUUUCCACCUAGUUUAUGCCAUUUCAUUUUUUUCUUUAGAAAUCUGAGCAUUGUCAGAGAACUUUAAAUUGAUUUACUUUUUUUUUUCCAUAUUGAAAGAUGAAGCUUUCAUAUGAUUCUCUGUGAGACCUCAUUUCUCUCAAUCUUGUUUGGGUUCAUUUGUUUUUCUGUGAACUUGUAACUUUUUUUAGUCUAUAUUUUUCAUUGUAAUUAUUAAACAUUAUUAUUCUAGUUACAUGAGAACACAGGUACAGAUAAUGGGAGUUUACAAAGAACAGAGUUCAAAACAAAUGUAUUUGUUGUAAAAUUUCACUUCUCAGGGGUUGUUCUGUGUUUAUCUCCUUUUUUUCCUACAGAGAUCCAUUUUGUUUGUUUUUCACUGUAAACAGAGUGGGAUGUGGGUGAAGUGAUAGCCAUUGUGCCUUCAAACUGGUGAACUUGGUAGAUAAUAGAGUUUUUCUCAUCAGUCAAUCAAAUAAGUGUUUUUGUAAUCACAUAUGUGUAAAGAAUUUCAUUCUCUGUUGCUUUUUAGGUAGCGUAAAGGAGGUUUAAAUUGAAAUUUUGUUCACACUGGAAGAUUUUUUCUUUCUUGUGUUGCAUCUUCUGUUUGAAAAUUUUUUUUUUCAGGAAUUCUCUAUUGUCACUUGGAAGAAAAAUUGAAGUUGACUUUUUAUUUGGAUUGUUUAAAAUUUGGCUAUUACUGACAUAUAAUUAAAUCAAAGAGCAGAGAAGCGAUUGGGAAUGGCUUCCAUCCAUAGUUGUAGACUUCAACCUUCAAUCAGAGAGUAAGAAGCUCUUUUAGCUAUGGCCUUAUAAGUCCAAGAAGUCUUCCAGCAAAACAAAGUUAGACCAGACUUGACAUUUGUAAUACUUGUAGGAUAAAGAAAACAACUUGCUCUUAGACCUUCCCUGUAUGUCACAGAGAAGCAAGAAUAGGCCACUGUCUCUUUAGUUCUGCUAUCUUAUACUUAAGUGUGUCUAUUUAUUUAUAUAUAUGUAUGCAUAAAUUAUAUAUAUACACACACAUUUUGUGUGUCUAUAUGAAUUCUUUUGGAUAUGUGUACAUACAUAAACAUAUAUGUAUAAAUCUCAAAGUUUUUCAUGUAGGAAUUACUUUUGUAAAGUGAGUGUAAUAGAAAAAAGGUGUUUCAUUGCAGUUCUGCUUUCAACUACUCUACUCUACCUGGAGACUGAGUUCAUCUCUACCAUGCAGCAGGAAAAGCCUGGACAGAUGUGCUGAAUUUCCAGUGUUGCUUUGCCAAAGUGCCUUUUGGUUUGUCUGCUCAUGAAAGGGGUUACAGGGUAUGAAGACUGAAUGCAAAGUCUGAUAACUACUGUGGACUGUCUCCUUGCAAAGCAGUCACAUAGAGGGAAACUUACGUUCUAGUUCCAUUUAAUCCAAAAUGAAUGAUGUCAAUUCCUUCACUGGAGGAAUUUAAUUACUCUUGAGUUGGGUCUUGUCUCCAUCACUAGACUGUCCCUCAGUCAUGUUAUCUAAAUUCUGCUGUUAAGGAUAUUCCUUUUUUUAAUCCUGUUGUUUGGUUAUCUGUCUUUCUGAAGCUUUGUAAAAGAUAUGCUUUGGCAACAAAUGUUAAAAAAACCAUGGCUAACAUGUCCAAAAGAAGGGGUUUACUCUGAACUGCUCCUGUUUUUAAGCUAAAGGGGGUCUUCCAUACCCUCUGUAUGAAAUUGAUGUGGGAUGGCCUGUAGGUAAAGAUGUAAUUCCUUGGGUAAUUUGACAAUAAAAUAUAAUAAUAAAACACAAAAACUAGUAUGAUAACUUUA